CUCCGGCCUGCGCCUGCACUGCGACGAGAAGCCGUGCGCGCCCGGUGAGCGACCGCUGCUGAAGAGACGAGACCGCUGUCUGCACUCAGCCUGACCCGCGACUGGCAAUGGAGUACGUGAACAACGCUUCGAACAGCUACGGUUCUGGAGACACCAUGAGCAGCUCCUUAGCCAACAUGACCAUCAAGGAUCAGCACCACCAGGAGAACGGAGUCAAAAUGAAAGAGGAUGAAGCAGCGCUCAGUGAAAAUGGGGUGAACUCUGUGUCUGAGCUCUCUCAGCCAGACAGCAGCCACUGUGAUGACGAGGUGCAGCCCGCAGAGGCGCCUGCAGAGAAAGCAGGAGCUGAAGAUACAGAGAGCACCACGAGCAAAGACGAGGGGCAACUCGCAGCAGGAGCAUCUUCAACAGCUCAAGGAGUGAUGGAUAACGGAGAUAAGACUCAAACUGCCACCACACCGACCUCUUCCCCUCAAAGACCGUCCAUAACCGCCAAGAGCACCAAAUCACCCGCAUCCUCCCGAAAUGGCCACAGCUCGAUCCCCAUUAAAGUCAGCAGCACAGGGCCAAGGCAGCCCGGAAGUGGUGCAAAGUCUCAGACUCCAGGGGCCAAAACUUCUGCCAGAACUGCAGCUCAACCAGAUGCCAGGAGUGGACAGAGCAGCCCCGGCACUCCCAAAUCCCCGGCUAGCCAAUCAAAUUCUGCAAAGUCGGGGGCCGAGGCCAACAAAGUGAAGAAGGUGGCUGUGGUGCGCUCCACCCCCAAAUCCCCGGGCUCGCUGAAGAGCCGCCCGCCGGCUCCUCUGGCCGCCGCGGUGCCGCUGCCAGACCUGAAGAACGUCAGGUCCAAGAUCGGCUCCACAGAAAACAUCAAACAUCAGCCCGGAGGGGGAAAGGUACAAAUCCUUGAUCAGAAGUUGGACUUUAGUAAUGUGCAGUCUAAGUGUGGCUCCAAAGACAAUAUCAAACAUGUACCCGGUGGCGGCAAUGUCAAAAUCGUUGAGAAGAAGCUGGACUUAAGUAACGUCCAAUCUCGCUGCGGUUCUAAAGACAACCUAAAGCACACGCCUGGUGGAGGCAAGGUGCAAAUUCUCGAUAAGAAGUUGGACUUGAGCAAUGUGCAGUCCCGGUGUGGCUCCAAAGAUAAUAUAAAACAUGUACCUGGUGGUGGCAAUGUUCAAAUUGUGCACAAAAAGAUCGAUCUGAGCAACGUUACAUCUAAGUGUGGCUCAAAGGACAACAUUCAUCACAAGCCGGGUGGUGGAAACAUUGAGAUCAAAAACGAGAAGCUGGAGUUUAAAGUUCAGUCCAAAGUGGGCUCUCUGGGCAACAUCAGCCACGUUCCUGGAGGCGGACAGAAGAAGAUUGAGAGCCACAAACUGAACUUCCGCGAGACAGCCAAGGCCCGCACUGACCACGGCGCCGAGAUCGUCUCCUUGGAAGACUCCCCCCACCAGCUCAGCACCGUGUCCUCCUCUGGCAGCAUCAACAUGACCGACUCUCCGCAGCUCUCCACGCUGGCCGACCAGGUGUCCGCCUCCCUGGCCAAACAAGGCUUGUGAACGCGCCUGCCGCACUCCCCGCCUCGACCACACGACCACGUAGAGGAGUUGUGAUACCUUCCUCGUUACUUUCACAGGACUUUUGUUUGAUUUUUUUAGCUGCCCGUCACUGUUUAUCCUCCACUAACCUUUGAAUCUCGUCGAGGUGUUGCUAUUAGAGGUCUUGAAAAAGAAAACAGAUUAACCAGUAGGCCAACAUGUAUUGAAUAUCUCUCUGUGGUCUUUGAUCUCUACACUUAAUUUGAACCUUUUGUAAGUGUCCCUUUAAGAGUUAAAGCACCCCAGCAGAGCAAAAUCCUCCCUCUGAGGAUCUCCGUACAUAUCCCGCUAAAUCGUCUAAGACUCGGUUUCCCGUCACAUUGACUGUAAACCCUUUUAGAAGUGUAUCUUAUCAGCGUCACCUUUGACGGGUGUCCCCUGAUUCUUUUUUAUUUAUUUAUUUUUUGAUAAAAAACAGAACCUUGAAGAUGGAGGUUAAUGCAGACUGUUUGUGGGACGGGGGUGGGGGUGGGGGUCCGUUUGUGCUAAAGCAGAGGGAUCAGAUACAGGGUCCGGUGAAGUGGGCGGAGGAACGGUUAGAAGAAAAAGUAGCAAAUAUUUCUCGUCAAGGCAGAAAAAAAAGCUUUCAGACCUCACUGCUGUCUUUGCUUUGUGUAGUCCCGACAUGUGCUGCACCUCGAGCUACUGCAGGAGACUGUGGGGUGGGAGGGGGGGGGGCGGAAGUGAGACCGCAGAGAGAACGGCGACUGAUCGCGCCACCUCCACACGACUUUUUACGGGACGCGCCGAACUCAGAUGUUCGUUCAGAGCCGCGAGAUCGAGAAGAAAGAGAGAAAUUACACCUAACGGAGGGCUGAAAGAGGCCUUUACCAACGGCAGCUGUGCUGUUUAACUCUUCCCUGCUUAAAACAUGACCGAGUGUGCAUCAGACGUAAGUGAGGGUGAUCUUCAACUUGUUCUAACAGCCAUCGAAACAUUUGUUAAUCGAUAAAUACACUGAAGCAUCAGGUUUUUGUAGUUUUUUUUAAAGUAGCUGGCUCGUUGUGGCGACAAUACUGUAAAGUUGUGCUGUCUGCUGCGACCUGCAGCUGCUGAGGCCUCGAGGGUCGACCUGGUUUUACUACAGUGGAUGUCAGCGUGACGGAUGACUGAGUCUAAAACACUAAACCAGCCAAAGGAUUGACAUUUAAACCAUUAGAAUCGCAGCGGAGAGCGCAACCAAAGCCGAGCGGUGACGUCAUCAUCACCGCCAGCUUCCAGUGCCAUCCAGACUUCUUGUGUUCGCAGGGUUACAGCGUGGUGGCACUUUCACAGGUUCAAACUUCCACUGCAGAGGUAUGCUGCAGCGUGCUGGGAACAUUUCACCUUAAAUAUGUAAGUUAAAGGGCCCGAGCGAUGGAAGAAUACUAAAGCUAAAUAAUGAAAAUUUUAAGAAACAAAAUGUCCAAAAGUGUGAAAACCCCACAUUUCUUCUUCUGUUUUAUUUGACUGAUUUAAGCUGGUUUUUGUUCCCCGCUGUUUCCUGUUCUCUGCUGGCCGUGUGAGUCGUUCGGCUCAGAAUGAUCGAUUAUCUGAGCUCGGUGACGAAGCGAGGGGCUGCUGCCUCUCCGCGGUCUCAUUUCUGAUGCUCUCCCCGCGUCCUAGGUGAGGGAGGGGUGAGGGAGGGGGGAGGGGAGCGUUACCUGGAUUUAAAAAAUGCAGAAAAAAGACGAAGUGAAGAGCUAGAGUAGAGACUUUGUGUUGGGCACAGUUUUAUAAUCGUACUCUGUGGAUAUAUGACAUGUAUUUGAUAUGAAGAAACAUUUGUAUCGUGCCUGCUACUGUCAGUGUUCUUUUUUUUUACUGCUCUGUGUAAAUGCGCUACAGCUUGAGGAGGGAAAAUUAACCUUAAAGUGACAUUUUCAUAGCUAAACUGUGAGGAGGAGGCUGAGUACAGUAUUUAUGCACUUACAGGUAGGUAGACUAGUUUUCACAGCGGUGACACAAACACACAAAGCGGCUGUUUUACUGUUAAUGGAUCGUUUGUACGGAGAAGAUUGUGAUUGUUGCACAGCAGGCGGAUGGUGGACGGUGAAGACCUCGUUAGGCAGUCUAUAUCCAACACACAUGCACCUGAAACACAGGACUGAUCAGCUGGUCGUGUUUCUCGCUCCCUGCAAAGUAGCAAAAGUGCACUUUGUGGCAAAAGUUUGUGGACGCAUGAGAGCUUAUCUACUGCAGAUUUUUAGCGGUAGUCCAAAAGUCACGAGCGAGGCUUGAUGAGCAUCACAGGAAGUGUUUGGUGGGCCAGAGGAGGCCCAAACGCCACAGCACACAGUGGUGCCAGACAACAAAAAGAAACCUCAGAAUUGGGCCCCGUAUUGGUGCUUUCUCAGAUUUGUUUGAUGAGGUGUUACAUUUAACCACGACUAAGUGUUUAAUUAACCUUUAGAAAAUGUGUCUACAUUCUCAGUAAAUACUGACCAAAGUACAGAACAGGAAUAUUUAGAGGAGGUGAUGAUUUCACUGCCUUCAUGGUGCUUUCACACCAAAGGGAACUUUAGGGAACAGCCAACAGCACGAGGACGACUUCAGCUGAUAGCUGGAAUCAAAUUACGUGUUUAUUUCUACUGUAAGGUUUGUUGUUUGAACAUGGGUGUCUCUGGAGAAUGACUCUCUUUUGGAGCCAGCCUCAAGUGGCCAUCAGAGGAACUGCAGUUUUUGGCACUGGGAAAAAACCCUUCAAAGUUACUAAAUGGAAGGUAGACCUGCCUUUUAGCAACAAAAGUGCCCAAGCAUCAGAUUAAAAUAUGAUCCCUUUUAAAUGGUUGAGCCAGACAGGUGCGUCCACUUGCUUUUGUCCAUGCAGUGCAUAUGUGGUCACGUUUUUGUUGUGUUCUCCAGCUGGAGCCAGGUUAAGACGUUCCCCUGCAAACAAACCCAGUUCAUGUGCUCAGAGAUGUCCCGAUGUGCCCCCCCGCUGAUUCAUUACUCGCAUUAAAAUGAGUGAAACAGCUUCUUGCAUGCAGCUCAUGUAAGAGACAGCCGUCUGCUUGUUGCCCCCCUUUCACAAAGCGAUCUGUCUGUAUAUCCUGUUUAUAUUUGCUCUGGAACUGGACGGAUGUACCAAUUCUUCUUUUUUUUGUAUAAAAAAAAAUGUGCAAUUAAGGGUCAAAAGGUCGCCGACUUUGCUGUAAGGUUUCCUAAACGAGCAAGCACACGAAAAGCUUGCAAUCUGCAUGCUAAACCCUCUUUAGUUCCAGUUCCACGCUCGUCUCCGCGUGCAGGACUGACGCGAGCACCGAGGGACGGGAGCCGAUCUCCACAGAGGUUUCCACAGUAACAACUCGUCACCUUCUUUCGUUUUUGUUUUCCUCUCUUCGGGGUUACUUCUGACGCUGUACAGUUGUGGAAAUGUGAUUGUUCUCGUUAUUGUGCAUUUUCUCAAUAACUGGUUUAUGAUGAUUCUUGUUGCUGUAUAUGUGUAUUUGAAAAUAAAUGCUAUGAAGUCACCGUGAUGGUGAAGGAGUGCAAAAAAAUCACUCCCAGAUCAGACGGGACUCAUUCA